GUGUUGCCAGAGAGACGCGCAAGUGCUGAGGGGAGGCGGCGACCACCGCGGUUCCUGUGGACCCGUGCACCAUGUCUUUCCGCGACCUCCGCAAUUUCACAGAGAUGAUGAGAGCCCUGGGAUACCCACGGCACAUUUCUAUGGAAAAUUUCCGUACACCCAACUUCGGGCUUGUAUCUGAAGUGCUGCUCUGGCUUGUGAAAAGGAUCGAACCCAGUGCCUCACAUGGAAGAUACGAGCCUCAGACUGACAUCCCUUCUGAUGUUGACACUGAACAAGACCGAGUUUUCUUCAUUAAGGCCAUUGCCCAGUUCAUGGCCACAAAGGCACAUAUAAAACUCAAUACUAAGAAGCUUUACCAGGCAGAUGGGUACGCAGUGAAAGAACUGCUGAAGGUCACACCUGUCCUUUAUAAUGCUAUGAAAACCAAAGGGAUGGAGAGCUCUAAAGUAGGAGAGGAAGAUGUCAGCAAAUUCAAAUUUGAUCUCGGCUCCAAGAUUGCAGAUUUAAAAGCAGCCAGGCAACUUGCUUCUGAAAUCACCUCCAAAGGAGCAUCACUAUAUGACUUGCUGGGCAGGGAGGUCGAAUUAAGGGAACUGAGAACAGAAGCCAUCGCCAGACCUCUGGAAAUAAAUGAAACUGAAAAAGUAAUGAGAAUCGCAAUAAAAGAGAUUUUGGCACAGGUUCAGAAGACUAAAGACUUGCUCAAUAAUGUGGCCUCCGAUGAAGCUAAUUUAGAAGCCAAAAUUGAAAAGAGAAAAUUAGAACUGGAAAGAAAUCGAAAGCGACUACAGAUUCUGCAAAGUGUCAGGCCAGCCUUUAUGGAUGAGUAUGAGAAGAUUGAGGAAGAAUUGCAAAAGCACUAUGAUGUUUAUCUAGAAAAAUUUCGAAAUUUGGCUUACCUGGAACAGCAGCUUGAGGAUCAUCACAGGAUGGAGCAGGAGAGGUUUGAAGAAGCUGAAAAUACUCUCUGUCUGGUACAGAAUAAGCUAAAGGAAGAGGAAAAGCGACUGCUCAAGAGUGGAAGUAAUGAUGACUCGGACAUAGACAUCCAGGAGGACGAUGAGUCCGACAGUGAGUUGGAGGAGCGGCGACUGUCCAAGCCGCGGACAGCCAUGGAGGUGCUCAUGCAAGGAAGACCAGGCAAACGCGUCGUGGGCACAAUGCAAGGUGGAGACUCUGAUGAUGAUGAAGACUCGGAAGACAGCGAAAUUGACAUGGAAGAUGAUGAAGAUGAUGACGAUGAUUUGGAAGAUGAGAGCAUUGCUCUCUCACCUGCAAAGCCCAACCGAAGGGUUCGAAAACCUGAGCCUCUGGAUGAGAGUGACAAUGACUUCUGACUCUUGCCAAGGAACCCAGGCAGAUAAAAAGCCUCAGAUUCAUAGGUAAAUGGGAAAUUAGAUGGCAAGAAAGGUAACGUGUAUUUUGUUCACUAUGCCAGCUUGGCUUAUUGUUAAGAAGCAUUACUUCUUUCUGCUUUAUCCUCUUGUAUUUGUAUUCCACAAAGUCUAAACAAGAACUG